AUGGGAGCAAAUUGGUCUACUACAGAACGACAGACGGAAAACACGCCUUCAUAUAAGGUGGUAAAUUAUCGAGAUUACGCCCAUUCUAUUUCCGAAUUUAUGGAUCUAUAUCCAUUAAUUUCAUUUGAAACAUCUGGCCAAGCCUACUCGCCUGAGACAGUUGGUGAUGUAGGAAGUGGACACUUUGGUACAUUAACGUUCGAAACAGUUAACUUUAAUAAAACUCCAUACACGGUUUACGCUUUAACUUGUUCUAAAAAUGCUUUUUGGUGGGAUGUAGGAGUGUAUAUUGGAUUUGAAUUAAAAAUUGUCGGAGAAUAUUUUGUUGUAACGCCAUAUAUGAAUGCAUGGAUUUACAGUGGUGGUGCUGUAUGGCGGUAUUUACAUUUUGGUCUUGCAGUGUCGAAUAUUACUUUUUUACCCAAGAACCAUAAUAAUAUUAUAGCAGUACAAGUAUAAUAAAAAAUCAGCGAAAUGAAAUACAGCGAUGCACUCUUAAGGACUAUUAGGACCGCGCUGUCCACAUCUUUAAUUUUUUCCAAAGGAUCAUCUAUAUAAUUCUUGGAUAGCAAAAAAAACAACAAUUGUUAUUAUAAUUGUUGUAUCAUUAUAAGUAGUAGUAGAUUCAAUGUAUUCAUUAAGGUAAACAUGUUAUAAAAAUAAAA